UCCCUCGGCAGGGCCCCGAGCCAUUCUCGGAGCAGCUCCCGCUUUAUCUACAGGGUGGGGGCCCGUCUGGACGGCUUCUCGGGGUCUGAGGGAGAACGGAGAGGGACCGAGGGCUCCUCUCUGUUCCUUUCUGGCUGACCGAACCCAGGAGUCUGAAGAGAAAGAGGGGACCGGCCCAGCCCCGCCGAGGGAGUCGACAUCGUUCCCCAGAAAUGUCUCCACGGUGAACUCAGAAGUCAUUUUCAAGUCAAUAACUGUCUCCUCUCCAUAGAGAAUCAGCAGCAAGUCAACUCCUUCACUCAUCUCCUCAAUGGACUCUAACUUUGGCUCUUCCCUCAUCACACGCAGAAAGUCAAUGCUGCCUCCCCAAAAUGCCCAACGUCUCCACGGUGAGGGAAUUCCUCCUGCUGAGGUUCUCGGAGGUCCGGGAGCUGCGGCUGGUCCAGGCCACGCUGUUCCUCCCGGUCUUCCUGGCGGCCCUGACGGGGAAUCUCCUCGUCGCCGCCGUCACCGUCCUCGACCGCCGCCUCCGCACCCCCAUGUACUUCUUCCUCGGGAACCUGUCCCUCACCGACCUCUGCCACGUCUCGGUCACCGUCCCCAAGUCUGUGGUCAUCUCCCUGACCGAUCGUAGAUCCAUCCGCCUCCUGGGCUGUGUCGCCCAGGUCUUCCUGGUGGUCGUUUCGGCCACUUCAGAGCCGGUCAUCCUCACGUGGAUGUCCGACGACCGCUACGCCGCCAACUGCCGCCCCCUGAGCUACGAGCUCAUCACGACCGACACGGCCCGCGGAAAGAUGGCGGUCGCCUCCUGGCUCGGCGGGGGCCUGUUUGGGGGCUUGUUUUCAGCUUGGACCUUCUCCCUGUCCUUCUGCGGGUCCAACGCCGUCCAACGGUUCUUCCGCGACGUCCCCUCCCUGCUGAAGAUCACCUGCUCCGAGGAGCACGUCGCCAUCGACGUGAGCGUCGCCGCCGGGGUAGCGUUAGGCGUCGUCUGCUUCAUUCUCAUCGUCGUCUCCUACGCGCGCAUCUUCGGGGCCGUGCUGAGGAUGCCGGCCGCCGAGGGCCGGGCCGGAGCCUUCUCCACCUGCCUGCCCCACCUUGUCGUCGUCACUCUCUUUGUCGUGACUUGUUUCUGUGCUUAUUUGAAGCCUCCGUCAGAUUCCCCCUCGACGCCGGACCUGCUGGUGUCCGUGUUCUACACCGUGGUGCCCCCCGCUCUCAACCCCCUCAUCUACAGCCUGAGGAACCGCGACGUGAAGGCCGCCCUGGGGAGCGUCCUAAAGGGCAGAUUCCUCCUCCCUCCUCUAAGGGACAGAAUGUCUGUUUCCUUUUCCUGACUAUCCCAUUCCUCAUCAGGGUUCUGACCGUGGGGGCGUCCAUAUAAAGGGCUGUCCAGAGAGAACGACCAGCCUCUGAGGAUUUGUCAAUGACUGAGACAGCGGCUGAUAAGACGUGUGAGACUGUAAGCCCGGUGUGGGCAGGGAUUGUCUCUUUUUAUUCUGAAGUGCACUUUCCAAGUGCUCAGU